UCGUCUCUAACUGAGGAAGUAUUAAUUGGGAACUACUCACUCAGAAAAUUAAAAGAAAGUAGCCAAAAUACAUUUUCAACUCUGAGAAGACAAAAUAACAAACUUUACUGACUUACUACUUCCCUGAAUAGAAGAAGUCACAGGACUUUGAAGAAUGGCAGAUGAACGGAAAGAUGAAGCGAAGGCAUCUCAUUGGACCUCAGCCCAACUAACGGAAGCAUCAGCAUCAACACACCCACAUCCACCAGAGAUGAAGGAACAAGGUGUGGCAGGGGAAGGACUUGUCCGAAAUGCCAAUGGAUUCCCAUACCAAGAGGAUGAGGAGGGAGCCUUUGGAGGACCCAGGUCACAGGACACCUAUUCAGAUACCAAAGAGAAUGGGAUUAAUGGAGAGCUCACCUCAGCUGACAGAGAAACAGCAGAGGAGGUAUCUGCAAGGAUAGUUCAAGUAGUCACUGCUGAAGCUGUAGCAGUCCUGAAAGGCGAACAAGAGAAAGAAGCCCAGCACAAAGACCAGCCCACAGCUCUGCCAUUAGCAGCUGAAGAGACAGCUAAUCUGCCCCCUUCUCCACCCCCAUCACCAGCCUCAGAACAGACCAUUCCAGUGGAGGAAGAAGAAGAAACGCUAGAGGGUGUGAUGGCUGAGGAAAAGAAACCUGCUGCUCUUCCUGGGGAAAAGUGUGGGGCUACUAAGCCCUCAGACCUACCCCAAGCCCUCAGUGGGGGCCAAGUGGAGUCUAGUGCAGUGGCCCAAAUAGCUCCAGAAGAGAGUGCCUGGAUGGGGGAACUACAUGAGAAAGGUGUAAAAGAGGUCAAAGAGGUGUCUCCAGAAGUAAAAUCCCCUUCCUCUACCAAGGAAGAUUUACUUACAGCCUCGAAGAUGGAGUUUCAUGACCAGCAAGAAUUGACUCCCUCAUCAGCUGAGCCUUUAGAUACGAAGGGAAAAGAGUCAGAGCUAAUUUGUAAGCCUGGUGAAGACCUUAAACAUGCUGCCUUAGUUCCUCAGCCAGAGACAACUAAAACCUCCCCUGAUAAAAAGGAAAUCCAAGGUACAGAAGGUGAAAAAGCACCUCUGGCUCUCUUUGGGCACACUCUUGGUGACAGCCAGGAAGACACGAAACAGAAGACAGAGACAAGUGUGGUGAUACCUGGCAUUGGCCUCUCUGCAGAGUCUCCAGCUCCCAAAGAGCAGAAAGACUGGUUCAUUGAAAUUCCAGUUGAAACAAAGAAAGAUGAGUGGGGUUUAGCCGCUCCAGUUUCCCCUGGCCCCCUGACACCCAUGAGGGAGAAAGAUGUCCUUGAGGAUAUCCCAAGGUGGGAAGGGAAGCAGUUCGAUUCUCCCAUGCCCAGUCCUUUUCAAGGUGGCUUCACUCUCCCUUUAGAUGUUAUGAAGAACGAAAUAGCAACAGGAGCAUCACCCUUUGCCCCUGUCCUCUUACAACCAGAAGACAAAAAGUCUCUGCAGGAAGCCACUGAUCCAGCUACUGCCAAAGAUAGUGCUAAAGUAGAGGAGUCACAGAAGGAUAAGACUGAGAAAGUGGCAGAAACUCCAGAGGCAAUUAUCUUACCCAAAGAUGCUUACGGUCUAGUUAUGGAAGGAUACGUUGUGGAGAAGGAUUUAGGGGAAGAAAGGGAAGGCACAAAUCAGGAGAAGAAAGAGACCUCCAUUCCCAGUGGACAGGAACCACAACCAAAACAUGAAGAACAAGUAAUCAUUUCUGAUAAAGAAGUUACACUAAAAGAGCAUGAGCCCCCAACACAAAGAGAUGAAGAAACAGGCGUGAUUCAGAGCUCCAUAGAGCUCUCUUUCUCAAAAGAAGGACCGAAAAGCCAAGCACAGAGCACAGACAUAUUUAACCAAGACUCCUUCUCUGCAGGUUUGGAGUCCACAUUUACAGAUUCAGUCCUGGCCUCUAAGACCUUGGAAAAAGUCACCACUGAGCCAGCUACUUUAGGUGAAAAGAGUGCAGCCCAGGAAUUUUCUGAGGAGAUAGUUGCUGUCAAAGAUAAGGUGGAAGGAGUCGGGACUGCAACAUCGGCUGAGGUUGGCAUGCCAUUUUAUGAAGAUAAGUCAGGAAUGUCCAAGUACUUUGAAACAUCGGCCUUGAAAGAAGAAUCCAUAAAGAGCAUUCAGCUAGGCAGCGAUUACUACGAAUUAAGCGAUACAAGAGAAAGAGCCCAGGAGUCCACUGAUACCGUAUCUACCGCCACACAAAAUGAUGACAAGGGAUUGCAAGAGGGGAAAGAAUCCCAGCCAAGUGCUCCAACCCCAGAAGCAGGGUACAGCACCCUGGCACAGAGUUAUCCCUCUGAUUUACCUGAAGAACCCAGUUCUCCUCAAGAGAGAAUGUUCACUAUUGAUCCAAAAGUAUAUGGGGAGAAAAGGGAUCUCCACAGUAAGAAUAAGGAUGACCUGACACUCAGUAGAAGCUUGGGACUUGGUGGUAGGUCUGCCAUAGAACAGAGAAGCAUGUCAAUCAAUUUGCCCAUGUCUUGCCUGGAUUCUAUCGCCCUUGGAUUUAAUUUUGGCAGGGGCCAUGAUCUUUCUCCUUUGGCUUCUGAUAUUCUAACCAACACUAGUGGAAGUAUGGACGAAGGAGAUGAUUACCUCCCUGCUACUACACCCGCAGUGGAGAAAGCCCCUUGCUUCCCAAUAGAAAGCAAAGAAGAGGAGGAAAAGAUCGAGGAGGAGAAAGCUACUGCUGGCCAGGAAAAUACUCAAGUUGAGACAUCCAGUGAGUCACCGUUCCUAGCCAAAGAUUACUACAAAAAUGGAACUGUCAUGGCCCCUGACCUGCCCGAGAUGCUCGAUCUGACAGGCACCCGGUCCAGGUUAGCUUCUGUGAGUGCAGAUGCCGAGUUUGCCAGGAGGAAAUCAGUCCCAUCCGAGACUGUGGUGGAGGAAAGUAGUACUGGCUUGCCACCUGUCACGGAUGCAAACCACGUCAUUGUGAAAACAGACAGUCAGCCUGAAGACCUGGGGUACUGUGUGUUCAAUAAGUACACCGUCCCUCUGCCAUCACCCGUUCAGGACAGUGACAAUUUAUCGGGAGAGAGUGGCUCCUUUUAUGAGGGGGCUGAUGAUAAAGUUCGAAGAGAUUUGGCCACAGACCUUUCCUUGAUUGAAGUAAAACUGGCCGCUGCUGGAAGAGUCAAAGAUGAGUUCAGUGCUGAGAAAGAAGCAGCUCCCUCUACCUCUGCUGACAAAUCAGGCUUGGGUAAGGAGUUUGACCAGGACAGAAAAGCCAAUGACAAGCUGGAUACUGUCUUAGAAAAAAGUGAAGAACACACCAAGGAGACAGAAGAGGCUGGUGGCAACACAGAGAUGUUUGGAUUGGGAAUGACCUAUGAACAAGUUUCCACCACCAAAGAACCAACAGUAGCAAAACAAGCAUCACCGGAGAAAGUAGGUAAAGGUCUUGGUUCAGUGCCAGAGGUAGCUGAGGUAGAGCCAUCUAGAAAGGCUGAACAAGAACUGGAUUUGGCUGCAAAGAGAGGUGACCAGGAUCAGUUAGAUGUUCAAAUCAGUGACUUUGGACAGAUGGCUGCGGGGCUGAGCGUAGAGGCUGGGAAGGCCCCAGAGCUUAAACUUGAAGCUGGGCAGGAGCUGACCCCCGCCUCCAAAGCACCUCAGGCAGCAGAUGCCUUUCUGGGUGUUGAGCUGGGCCAUGUGAAAGAAGGUGCCAAGGUCAGUGAGACCGAAGUCAAGGAGAAGGUAGCCAAGCCCGACCUGGUGCACCAGGAGGCUGUGGACAAAGAGGAAUCUUACGAAUCCAGUGGCGAGCAUGAAAGCCUCACCCUGGAGUCCCUGAAGCCUGACGAGGGCAAGAAGGAAACGUCUCCAGAGUCAUCUCUCAUUCAAGAUGAAGCGCCCAUUAAGCUGUCGGUGGAAAUCCCUUGCCCGCCCGUCGUUUCAGAGGCUGAGCUAGCUGCGGACGACAGAGCCGAUGUCCAGAUGGAGCUUAUUCAGUUGCCAAAGGAAGAAAGCAAGGAGACCCUGGAUACGUCCGUCACCCCCUCCGAGGUGACCCCGACCCAGGUGGAAGCCAUCGUGUGUGAACCCGCAGAGGCUCUGAGUGAAGAGCAGGAGAUCGAAGCGCGGGGCGAAUACGACAAGCUCCUGUUCCGCUCCGACACCCUGCAGAUCACUGACCUGGGGAUCCCGAGCAGCCGCGAAGAGGUGGUGGAGGCCUGCCCAGGGCCAGGGGAGCACAAGGGAGUGAUCGAGUCCGUGGUGACCAUCGAAGACGACUUCAUCACGGUAGUGCAGACCACCACGGAGGAGGGCGAGUCGGGGUCCCACAGCGUGCGCUUCGCAGCCCUGGAGCAGCCCGAGGUGGAGAGGAGGCCCUCCGCUCCCGAGGAGGACCAGUUCCAAGUCGAAAUGGCAGCCGAAGCCCAGGCCGAAUGCAGAGACGGCUCUCCAGGGAGAGAAGGGGUCGUCGCCUACUCCGAAUACAAGACGGAAACCUACGACGAUUACAAGGACGAGACCACCAUUGACGACUCCAUCCUGGAUGCUGACAGCCUGUGGGUGGAUACUCAAGAUGAUGACAGAAGCAUCAUGACAGAGCAGUUAGACACUAUUCCUAAAGAGGAGAAAGCUGACAAGGAAGUUCGGAGACCAUCUCUCGAGAAACAUAGAAAAGAAAAGCCUUUUAAAACCGGGAGAGGCAGAAUUUCCACUCCUGAAAGAAAAAUAGCUAAAAAGGAGCCUAGCACAGUCUCCAGGGAUGAAGUGAGAAGGAAAAAAGCAGUUUAUAAGAAGGCUGAACUUGCUAAAAAAACAGAAGUUCAGGCCCACUCUCCCUCCAGGAAAUUCAUUUUAAAACCUGCUAUCAAAUAUACUAGACCAACUCAUCUCUCCUGUGUUAAGCGGAAAACCACAGCAGCAGGUGGUGAAUCAACUCAGGCUCCCAGUGCAUUUAAACAGGCAAAGGACAAAGUCUCCGAUGGAGUCACCAAGAGUCCAGAAAAACGCUCCUCUCUUCCAAGGCCUUCCUCCAUCCUCCCUCCUCGCCGGGGAGUAUCAGGAGAUAGAGAGGAACACUCCUUCUCCCUCAACAGUUCCAUCUCCUCUGCAGCUCGACGGACCACCAGGUCAGAGCCAAUUCGCAGAGCAGGAAAAAGUGGCACCUCAACCCCCACAACCCCUGGAUCCACUGCUAUCACUCCUGGCACCCCACCAAGUUAUUCUUCACGCACUCCAGGCACUCCUGGAACCCCCAGCUACCCCAGAACACCUGGAACCCCCAAAUCUGCCAUCUUGGUGCCCGGUGAGAAGAAAGUGGCCAUCAUUCGCACUCCUCCAAAGUCGCCUGCUACUCCCAAACAGCUCCGGCUUAUUAACCAACCACUGCCAGACCUGAAGAAUGUCAAAUCCAAAAUUGGAUCGACAGACAACAUCAAAUACCAGCCGAAAGGGGGCCAGGUACAAAUUGUUACCAAGAAGAUAGAUUUAAGCCAUGUGACAUCCAAAUGUGGUUCUCUGAAGAAUAUCCGUCACAGGCCAGGUGGUGGACGUGUGAAAAUUGAGAGUGUAAAGCUGGAUUUCAAAGAAAAGGCCCAAGCUAAAGUCGGUUCACUUGACAAUGCUCACCACGUACCUGGCGGUGGGAAUGUAAAGAUUGACAGCCAGAAGUUGAACUUCCGAGAGCAUGCAAAGGCCCGUGUGGAUCAUGGGGCUGAAAUCAUCACACAGUCCCCAGGGAGGUCCAGCGUGGCAUCACCCCGACGGCUCAGCAACGUCUCUUCUUCCGGAAGCAUCAACCUGCUCGAAUCUCCUCAGCUGGCCACUUUGGCUGAGGAUGUCACCGCUGCACUGGCUAAGCAGGGCUUAUGAAUACUUCUCAUUUAGCACUGGAAUACUAGUAUUUAGGCAUGAGCUCUUGGCAGGAGUGGGCUCUGAGCAGGUAUUAUAUUCAUUCUUUACAAACCAUAAGAUAAAUAAAUCUCAUUCCCCCAACUGUAGUAAUUGUUACAAUUUUAUAUUUUAAAAAAUAAAUAGUAUAUGCAGAAAUUGACCUGAUUUCCAUUUGCAACAAGAACACACUGGCUUUACAUGGGUACAAUUGGACAAUUAUUUUAGCUCUGCUCUGUUUUGCAUGGAGUAUUAUUAUUAUUUUUUUAAUUGCAUUUUUACCUUUCACGUGCCUGAAGGCUAUCCACUACAUUCUGAAAGGCCUUGUUAAAAUCAAAGCUGCUCAUGUCACAAUUCUGUUUCUGGGUGAAAAGAUGAAAACUGCCCAUUGUAACUUAUUACAGUUUCAAUUGAAUCACACAGUCUGAUUGCAGGAAGGGAAGAGCAUGUAAGAAAUGAGUUUUUUUAAAGUGUUAUUUUGUAUAAAUGGGAAGAAAGAUACAACUAAGUUAUUAACAUUUGGGACCUGGAUAAUUGUAUCAGAGUAUGUCAAUCCAAUAAAUUAUUUAACUAACUAAAAAGAAAAUAGUUGCAAAGCAUUUGAGCUGUGGGUGAGGCAGUGCAUAGUGCAUCUGUUAGGAGGGAUGCACUUUCAUUAGGAUGGACUUAUGUCUGAUUAGAAUGUCUGUUGAUUGGCUAGAUUUGUGUCCAUACCCCUUUUCCAUUUGUUUGAUACAGUAUUAUAGAUAUAAAUAUAUAUAUAUUUCUCUGUG